AUGGACUAUUACGCCGUGCUGGGCGUGCGGCGUGACGCAAGCUCGCACGAAAUCAAGGCGGCGUACAGGCGGCAGGCCAUGAAGUGGCACCCAGAUCGCGUGCAUGCAGCUGGUAAGGGCGCCAGCAGGGGCGCACAGGACGCCGCUGCUGCUCGCUUCCGAGCCAUUGCCGAGGCGUAUGAGGUCAUGGGGCUGGGAGACAGUCUGGGACUGGCUUCUCCAUCCAUCGCCAGUCAAGUCUCGUUCCUUCAACCCAAUGUGUCCAUGUCCCUCACACGGCUGUCCUUCCUUCCCUUCUUCUUUCAGUAA